AGCCCGCUCUGGCAUCCUCCAGCAGCGACAUUGUGUAUCCCAUCAAGGUUGACGAGAGCGGAUCGUUCCUCUCCUACGAUCUGUCCCACCGUGCGCUGCACCGAAGGUCUCCUUCCCCCAGGAGCAAGUUUCUCGCCUUCUAUGAGCUGCACUACAAAGAAGAACUCCUGAAAUUCAACCUCAGCCUGAACAACAACCUCCUGGCGCCCGGGUUCGUCAGCGAGAGGCGAUUCGGUGGGAUCGCCAACGCCAAGAUCCAGUCUCGUGCGUCCAACUCCUGCCAUAUGAUCGGGGAGGUUCGGAGCCAGGCGCCGGCGGCAGGUCUGGCCGCACUCAGCACGUGUGAUGGCCUGAAAGGCGUGUUUCAGCUCAUGGACGAGGACUACUUCAUUGAACCAGUGUCGGCCAGCUUUCGGGAGGAUGGAGCGGCACAACCCCACAGGAUAUACAAGCGCCAGGUACCCGAGCAUGGGACAGAACAAGGCAGGAAGCCGCCAGCUCCACAGGAAACCUGCGGCGUGCAAGAAUCUCAGGAUAGCCUGGAGAGGUCUGAGAAGCGGAGGGAAAGAUGGGAACAGAAGCAGCACAGGAAGAGAAGAAUAAAGCAGCGCUCCAUCAGCAAGGAGAAGUGGGUGGAGACGCUGGUGGUGGCAGAUACCAAGAUGAUAGAAUACCAUGGGAGCGAGAACAUAGAGAAGUACGUGCUGACCGUGAUGAACAUGGUGGCGGGUCUGUUCCACCACGCCAGCAUCGGGAACCCCAUCAACAUUGCCAUAGUGCGGCUCAUCUUGCUGGAGGACCAAGAGGAGGAUCUGAAAAUCUCCCACCACGCAGACAACACCUUGAGAAGCUUUUGCAAAUGGCAGAAGAGCAUCAACGUCAAAGGAGAUUCCCAUCCCCUGCAUCACGACGUCGCGGUCCUGCUCACGAGGAAAGACAUCUGCGCAGCCAUGAACAGGCCCUGCGAGACCCUGGGGCUGUCCCACGUGGCAGGGAUGUGCCAGCCCCACAGGAGCUGCAACAUCAACGAGGACACGGGGCUGCCCCUGGCCUUCACCGUGGCCCACGAGCUCGGACACAGUUUUGGGAUUCAGCAUGAUGGAAGCAGCAAUGACUGUGAGCCAGUUGGGAAAAGACCUUUCAUCAUGUCUCCACAGCUCCUGUAUGACACGUCCCCACUCACCUGGUCCCGCUGCAGCCGGGAGUACAUCACACGGUUCCUCGACCGGGGCUGGGGACUGUGCCUGGAUGACCCCCCUGCCCGGGAGGUGCUGGACUACCCCUUGGUGCCCCCGGGCGUCCUCUACGACGUGGCCCACCAGUGCCGGCUGCAGUACGGCGCCUACUCCACCUUCUGCGACGACAUGGAUAGCGUCUGCAACACGCUGUGGUGCACGGUGGGGAACACGUGCCACUCCAAGCUGGACGCUGCCGUUGACGGCACGGCAUGCGGGGAGAACAAGUGGUGCUUCAACGGGGAGUGCGUGCCCGUGGGCUACCGUCCCGAGGCCAUCGACGGCGGCUGGGGCUCCUGGAGCUCGUGGGCUGCCUGCUCGCGUAGCUGCGGCGCGGGUGUGCAGAGCGCCGAGAGGCAGUGCAGCAACCCCACGCCGAAGUAUGGGGGCAGGUACUGCCUGGGAGAGCGGAAGCGGUUCCGGAUUUGCAACGUCAGGCCGUGUCCCCUCGACAAGCCCUCCUUCCGCCAGGUCCAGUGCAGCCAGUUCAACCCCAUGCUCUACAAAGGGAAACUCUACAAGUGGACGCCGGUGCCCAACAACAUCAACCCCUGCGAGCUGCACUGCCGGCCCGAGGACGAAUACUUUGCAGAAAAGCUGCGGGACGCCGUCAUCGACGGGACGCCGUGCUACGAGAUGAACGCCAGCCGUGACAUGUGCAUCAACGGCAUCUGCAAGAACGUGGGCUGUGACUACGAGAUCAACUCCAACGCUGUGGAGGACCGGUGCGGCGUGUGCCACGGGGAUGGCUCCACCUGCCACACCAUCCAGAAGACCUUCGAGGACAGCGAGGGGCUGGGUUAUGUUGAUAUUGGGAUUAUCCCCAUCGGAGCACGGGAGAUCCGGAUUGAAGAAGUCGCAGAAGCUGGGAAUUUUCUGGCGCUGCGGAGCGAGGACCCAGAGAAGUAUUUCCUGAAUGGCGGCUGGACCAUCCAGUGGAACGGGGACUACAGGGUGGCAGGGACCACCUUCACCUACAAGAGGAUGGGAAACUGGGAGAACCUCACUUCCCCGGGUCCCACCGUGGAGCCCGUGUGGAUCCAGCUGCUGUUUCAGGAGACCAACCCCGGCGUGCGGUACCAAUACACCAUCCAGCGCCCGGCGGACAGCGAGAAUGAGAUCGAGCCGGCAGAAUUCCUCUGGCGCUUCGGCUCCUGGACCACGUGCACGGCUACAUGCGGCACCGGGGUGCAGCGGCAGAUCGUGCACUGCGUGGAGAAGCUGGCCGGCAUCGUGGAGGAGCGAUACUGCGAUGCGCUCACCCGCCCCGACGAUCAGCAGAGGACGUGCAGCGAGGAGCCCUGCCCGGCCAGGUGGUGGGUCGGCGAGUGGCAGAAAUGCUCUGCUACCUGCGGCCAGUCGGGGCUGAUGAAGAGGACGGUGCUCUGCAUCCAGAGCGUGGGGCUGGACGAGCAGAGGGCCUUGCAGCAAGCAGACUGCCAGCACCUCUCCAAGCCAGAUGCCACCGCACCCUGUCACCGGGACGUCCCCUGUCCUUCCCAGUGGGCCGUGGGGAACUGGUCCGAGUGCUCCGCGACGUGCGGCAACGGGACGCAGAGGCGCCCGGUUCACUGCAGCAACAGCACUGGGGCUGCCUGUGACCCCGCGGAAAGACCCAGCGCGGAAACUAUUUGCUCCCUGCCACGGUGCCAGGAGAAGUGGGACAGUGCCAACACGGACUGGUCUGGCAGUGGGUCCUCCAGCAGAGAGAUAUUUAAUGAAAUCCAUUACAUCCCCAGCAACCACAUUGCGAAAUUUAACCCCUUAAUUCCAAACAUUCCCGAGUCCAAUGAUAUCAAUAUCAUCCCCGAGGAGGAUUUCUCAGCCAAGAAGGGAAAUGUCUUUGUUGAUGACUUUUACUACGAUUAUAAUUUUAUCAACUUCCACGAGGACCUGUCUUACUAUCCCUUCACGGAGAAGGAGACCAAAGGGGAGGGUCAGAAGCCAGAGCUGAGCACCAACGACGUGGAGGGGUCCCGUGAGACGCCUGCUGAUGUCCUGCGCCCUGUAACGCCGGGAGGAGGAGCGAGCGAGGACCACCUGGUGACGAGCGAAGCAAACGCUUCUGCUCCUGCGCACGGCGAAGGGGAGACGGAGCCUGGGGGUUUAGCCACGAAUGACCUGAGCAUGGCCCCUGGGGACACAGGGACAGCCACUCCCAAAUAUGCCGGACCGGGGCAGGAGGUGGGAAGGAGUGCUGGUGGCACCCAUCCUGCUGUGAGCCCUUAUCCCGUGGGUGCUGACGGGGGCCCUGUGGGGCAGGCAGGACACCAGCCAGAGCUCCGCACCCCCACAUCCCUGACCUCGGCCCCGUUG